AUGAGUACCUUCUUUAGCAAUAUAAAAUCAACUAUAGCCAAUGUAGAAAAUAAAAUUGCUUCGUUUAACAAAAAGGAAGAAGAAUGUGAAAUACAAAAAUUGGAAGAAAAUGUUGAGAAAAUGACUGAAGAAAAUGAAGAAAUUAAAAAAGAGGGAGGAGGAGGGGAAGAAAAGAGUUCUUCUAAACCUUCACUUUUUGCUAAUAAAAUGUUUGGAAUGGCUAUUAAAGCUUCAACAAAAAUACAAGAAGAAGCGAAGAAUUUUACACCAUUGGUUUUUUAA